GUGCCUUUAUAUAUUGUAUAUCAUGUAUUCUCAUGCGUAAAUUGUAAUCACGUAAACCAAAAGAAAGAAAGAAAUAAAAGUUUCAUUUUCUACCAAGAGGUUCCAAAAUGCCCAAGAAAAUCUUGAUGUCGGUGAGUAUGAGGUGCGAAAAAUGUCGUUCAGAAGCUCUCAAGAUCGGAGCUAAAACCACUGGAGCAGGAGUGACUUUUGUGGGAAUAGAAGGAGAAGAGAAAGACAAAGUGGUAGUGAUCGGAGAAGGUGUUGACGCCGCAUGUUUAGUUGUCCGGCUUCGCAAGAAAGUUGGUUUCGCUGAUAUUAUCAGCGUCGCAGAUGUUGACUCUUAAAAAACACAAGUCUUUUUCUACACUUACCUCUCUUUUUUUCAAAAACUAACUUCUCAACGUGUCUCAAAAACAAGUUUUACAUAAUCGCAAAUUUCUCUAGCCUUC